AAUAGUUAAACAUAUAACUACAAAUGUAGUCCAUUCAAAUUUAUACUUAAAAAAUGUUAUAAUUAACCUAACAGUAAAAUUAUUUUAAAUUAUUAGCUUAUUUUAAUAGUAUUUGUCAAACAUCAAAUAAACAAGUUGAAGAAUGCCGUGUGUAAUGUUUGAAAGCAUCAAUCACUUUAACAAAUGGCUAUAUGAGAACGGUGACCGUCGUAUGGAAGAAUACUGGUUGUAUGCAUCAAUAUGGCCUAUUAUAUCCAUAAUAUUUGUCUAUUUAUUAUUUGUAUUAAAAUUGGGCCCAAGUUACAUGAAAAAUAGAAAACCUUUUGACAUCGAUCGAAUUGUUAUGAUUUACAACAUAUUUCAAGUUUUUUAUUCCAUGUAUAUAGUGAAAGAGUCGGUUCGAUUGAUAUGGUCAAAACCUGAUACCUAUAGAUUAAACUGUAUAGAAGUGGAUUAUAGUAAUACAGAAACAUCCCGCGAUAAAAUUUUCAUAAUUUACUUGUACUACUUCUCAAAAAUUUUGGAUCUACUCGAUACGGUGUUCUUUGUAUUACGAAAAAAACAAAGUCAAGUAACGUUCUUGCAUGUAUAUCAUCACGGAAUGAUGGUAACUGCUGGUUGGCUUGUCAUAAAAUUUUAUCCAGGAGGCCAAUUAGCAUUUCUCGGAUCUAUUAACUCGGUAGUUCAUACAAUAAUGUACAGCUACUACUUUUUAACAGUUUUGAAACCAGAGUACAAGAAAGCUUGGUGGAAAAAAUAUUUAACUCAACUACAAUUGAUUCAAUUUGUCCUCACAGCAUUACACGGAGUCGCUUCUCUUUUGGCUACUGAUUGUACUUACCCAAAAUUUAUAAUGGCUUUUGCUUUACCUCAAGAUAUACUAAUGUUUUAUUUGUUUUGGAACUUCUAUAAAAAAGCCUACACAUCAAAAAAUAAACAGUCAUAGAUAAAAAAAAGUUUUAACUUUUUCAUAAAAAUUACUUAAUUAAUCAAAAAAAAAUUAAGUAAUUUUUUAUUACAUUAUUAAGAAUAAAUUAUUUAAACAAAUUUACACCUUGAUUUUUACGUUAUUAAAUAAUUAAAAGUCCAACUUUUUUUAAUUUUAAUGAAAACUUUUAGUAAAUUUUAGUAAGAAUUUUCAAAUGUUUAUGAAGUCUAAGGAUAAUUUAUUGAAUACUUAUUCUGUAUAAAAUUAUACACUCUUUGUUUUCAAUAUUAUUUUCAUAAUUUAACAAUCAGUGCCGUAUUUGAGAGUUAGGUUUGGUUUCGGAGUGGUAAUAGCUCCUCCAAAAAUUCAUAGGGGUAAUCUUAGUAUUAAAGAACAAAACUACAAAUAUUGAGUUAUGAUUAUAUAUUUUACAAUAUUUUAUUUUAAGAUGCCAUAAGUUCAAAGAAAGCAUGGAAAAAAAGCUGUUGACCUUUUUUUCUUUGGCUUAUCAUUGAUAUUUAAAGGGCCAUUCUGAAAAUUUUUUAAUUCUUAUUUCUUAUGUAUAAUAUUCUUUAAUCAAUAUAUGGAUAAUUUUAUAGUUAUAA